GUAAAUAAAUAUUUUUUGUAAUUUUUUUUUUGCUAGUUGUUCAAAUGUGAAAUUAAUUUUGUGAAAAGUAUGAAGAUUCAGAGCUUGCUGACUAACAAACGUAACCUCAUCAAAAACUACAAGAACAACAAACAAGAACAACAUAAAUAACAGCUCAGUGUUACAAAAUCAGACGUAAAAAAAAAACUCAGAGACAGUUGCACUGUGUCUUAACGGUACAUCUGUAAUAAUACAUAUAAAGCGGUAAACUCAUUUUGUCGUAUAUAUUUGUUGUGUAUUUGUAUACCGAAUUUGCCGGUAUACCAUUUACCUAAACAAGUUAAAGUGUUUAGGUGAACGUUAACGGCGCGUUUAAGCGUUUAAUUUUUUUGUCUGACACACGGUUAAAGUAAAAUCGCCAAAAUAAUUCAUCCACAAGUGAUUUCGGAUAUAAACUACGCAACGGCGACCACAAUGCCUUAUAACGGCGCUAGUAAUGGUAGUGGCGGAGGUGGAGGCGGCGGUAUCGUUACUGACGGGCCGCAAAAUAAGAAAAUACGCACUGGGGUACAGCAACCAGGUGAAAGUGAUCCCCAUAUGCAUGCCAGG